AUGGGUCACUCCUUCUCCCGCCCCCCUUCUCCCGCCCAUCGCCGCGACAUCGAGGCAUCCUGUCCUCCCCAACAGCCUCCAUCUCGUCCCCACGCCAACGAUUCGCAUGCCAGCUUUUCUGCCGAGGACGACCGGAGCUUCGAGCAGGAGGGGGAGGAGGAUGAUAGAGCAAAGCGUGCUCGCGAAGAAAUCUCCAAGCUAGAUGACGAGUACGAGUGGCUCCAUUUCCGGCACGGACCCAAAAUCGAUAAAUUUGGAGACGCCGUCCAACCUCAUACAGACGAAGGCGGUAAGUGCACCUUGUAUGCGAUCCGCCAAAUUAUCACGAGAUUGACCCCAGAACGUUCGUUAUUAGGCGAGCCUUAUUUCAUCGGAGAUGCCUACCAGGACAUCAAUCCAGUCUUUGCUUCCGAAUGGGCCAUCCCAAAGUAAGCCGACUCCUUCACAUGCCAAGGUAGGGCGACGCUCACAACUAGGCAGUCCUGGUCCCUACCUCCGAUACGUCAAGCAGCUUGCUCAAACCUGGAAACACCUCGAAUACCUGUGCCACUGGAUGGAAGUCACCUGUGCGCCUCCCAAAUGGAAGUUCCUCAGGCGUGAGCAAAAUGCCGCCAGUCGUGAAGAACGAGCGGCCAGGACGAAAGUUCGCGUCAUUGACUACACCAACGCCUCUCUUGAUGCCUCCGAGGAAUAUUACGACUGCGCCACUCUCAGAAGAGCACUGGACGAUAGCAGACAGACCACCGACGCUCGUCAGACCAGACUGAUCAUUGCUGAGGAUCUCUCUCGAGACCUGGUCGAGACACUGGGUAUGUCCAUGAAUCAUCUCACCUCCCGCACACACAUACAUACAUACACACACACGCAGCUGACAGCUUCAGGCGACUACUACGAUGUGGACCCACUGUUCUUCGCCUCCCACAUUGGCGACUACCUGUUCCACAACACUCGGGAUCGAUGGGCUGAGCUGCCGACUCUCGACGCGGAUGCUAGAAAGAUGCCGCAUUUCUGUCUAAGCUAUCUCCGCGGUCGAUACUACGAGCGAGAGGAAGAUUUCGAGGAGGCCGAGCGGCAGACCGGCAUGUUCAACGUCCUACGUCGUCUGGACAGCGACAGAAGUCGCAAGAGGCUACAGAACGGCCUCAUCGACACGCGAGAUGCUAGCGUGGCACUCAGCAGGGCCAAGACGUCACUCUGGUGCAAGCCGAGAAAGCAAGGAGAUCCAAUUACAGGUACGGAUCAAUAAACACUCCUAGCCUCUGAGCCUGCUGACCGGCAUAGCAAUCUUACUCGUGGAUCCUACUGUGGGCCACGGCCACCCUCUCUGGGGCGGAUACCGUCCCUUCACGCAGACGCCCUCGAUGCAGAGCUGGCGCGACAACCCGUACCAAUCUUUCGACGCGCCGGAACGUAAAAGCCUCUUCGAAGACGUCGUCUACUGGAGUGAAAGAAUGACUGCCCAAGACCUCGCGCUGGCCGAUAGAGAUCCCCGCUGUCUCGCCCUUUCCAUGCUGAAAUUGGUCAUUGCGGACUGGCUCACCGUCCUCAAGUACAUGACCUCUACGCUUGGCAAAUUGGAAUGGGAGCUCGAGGUACCUCACUGGGGAAGAGGCGGGGUCCACGAAACCGACAGAUUACUGAAGAAGCUCUCACCGUGGCGCCGUAAUGUCGGCUACUACGAGACCAUGAUCAGCCAGGCCAUUGCCCGCCUGUUCCCGCCCGAAGUCAGAGCACCGCUGCAUACCUCCGCCCCGGCUGGCGCCAAUGCCUUCGACACCCCUCUGCGUCCACCCGACCACUACUGGUCCUACGACCAAUCCCACGACACCGGCAUCCGCUCCCUCUGGCUCGAUUUCCAGAACGUCAAACGCCAAAUGGACGAAGUCCAGGCCCGCAUCCGCGACAUUGAACAGAUCGCCUUCAACGCCAGCAACAUCGAAGAAUCCCGGCGUGCCGUGGAGCAGAACCGCAGUAUCGGAACCCUCACCUUCCUCGCGACCAUCUUCAUCCCCCUGAAUUUCACUUCUUCCUUCUUGAGUAUCUCCGCGGAUUUUUCCGAGGCGCGCACGACCGUCUUGCUCUGGUUUGCCAUCGGCAUUCCGCUGACGGUUCUGACCUUGCUCGUUCUUAACCUCUUGCAUCGCGGCAGGAAGGGGUACCUUCUGAAGGCGCUCCGCAAGUGGCUCCGGGAGUCGGUCAUCCAAGCCUAUUAG